UCUUUACUCCAGGCACACAUGGUACAUUUUCACAGAUUUGCACUUGCUCUUCUGCCUUCUUAGAUGGCUUUUCUCAUUUUCUACACAUAACUAACGCCUACUAAUCUUUUGAUAUCACAAGCUUCUAAUACAUGCAAAGGAUCAUUAUAAAAUUCACCCACUGAUCUCAACCAAGGAGUCUCUUAUUUUGUAUCUUUUCAGAUCACUCCACUCAAACUACCACCUCCUGGUGGUGACUUCAUGGCUGACACACACAAUGUGACUGAAUUCAUUUUUCUGGGACUUUCUCCCAAUCUGGAGGUGCAGAGAGUUUGCUUUGUGAUAUUUUUAUUCUUGUACACGGCGAUUGUGCUGGGGAAUUUCCUCAUUGUGCUCACUGUCAUGACCAGCAGAAGUCUUGCUUCCCCCAUGUACUUCUUCCUCAGUUGCUUGUCCUUCAUGGAGAUCUGCUACUCUUCUACCACAGCCCCCAAACUUAUCUCAGACUUGCUGGCUGAAAAGAAAGCCAUAUCUCUGUGGGGCUGCAUGACACAGGUUUUCUUCAUCCACUUUUUUGGUGGCACUGAGAUUUUCCUGCUCACUGUGAUGGCCUAUGACCGCUAUGUGGCCAUCUGCAAGCCCCUCAACUACACUACCAUCAUGAACCAGCAAGUGUGUGCUGUCUUGGUGGGAAUGGCAUCGGUGGGCAGUUUUGUGCAUUCCUUUGCCCAAGUCCUUCUCAUCUUCCACUUGCCCUUCUGUGGCCCCAGUGUGAUUGACCACUUCUUCUGUGACCUGCUUCCUCUGCUCAAGCUUGCCUGCUCUGACACCUUUCUCAUUGGUCUGUUGAUGGUUGCCAAUGGGGGGACCCUGUCUGUGAUCAGCUUUGUGGUUGUCUUAGCCUCCUAUGUGGUUAUCUUGCUCCAUCUGAGGACUCGAAGCUCUGAGGGACGGCGAAAGGCCCUCUCCACCUGUGGGUCCCAUAUUACUGUGGUAAUCUUGUUCUUUGGGCCCUGCAUCUUCAUCUAUCUGAGGCCUUCUACCACUCUGUCUGUGGACAAGAUGGUUGCUGUGUUCUACACAGUGAUCACUCCUCUCCUCAACCCUAUCAUCUACUCCCUGAGGAAUGCUGAAGUGAGGAAGGCUAUGAAGAGGCUGUGGAUCAGGGCAAUAAAUGUGGAUGAGAAAUAGAGAGUGAAUAUUGGCUCCUGGGUUUAGAACAAUGCUUAGUUAAUGGAAAACUUGGAAAGGGCAGAAUGUGUUGAAAAAAAUAAGUACACAGUACUUGUUAGUGCUAGGGUUAUUCUAUCUUUUGUCAAUAUUAAAAAACUUCAUUUUAAUUGCUUAUAAAAUAUAUUCACUUAUGGAUGUACUGUAAGUUAAUUAGUUACUUUUCUGUUGUUCAAUGUUUAGGUAGUUUUUAAUUUUGUACAACUAUGUAUAAUGCUAAGGAGCCCUGGUGGUGCAGUUGUUAAGCACUGGGCUGCUAAUAGAAAGGUCAGCAUUUGGAACGUACCAUAUACUCUGGGGAGAAAGAUGUGGCAGGCUGCUUCUGUAAAGGUUACGGCUUUGGAAACCCUAUGGGUGGCAGUUCUACUUUGUCCUACAGAGUUGCUAUGAGUCAGAAUUGGCUAGAUGACGUGAGUUUUUUUUGGUUUUAUAAAUAGCACUGUGGUAAAUAUGAUUGAAAUCUUUUAACUGUACUUUUCAUUUUCUUUUAGCCUCACUUCCUACAGUGAAUUUUCUGC